CAUGCUUUAUCCAGAUUUGCAAUCUAGGCCCGUCGGCUUUAGUUUUAGUGGGUUCCGGGCCGCAAAACACGCAAUGAGUAAACAGAGCUAUAAAAUGCGUACAGAUGCAGAGCUUCUAAAAAUUGUUCGUGUUCCCUAGUUCGCUACGAUGGACCGAGGGGGAUCUUUGCGGGGCUUCAGGGGGGCCAGUCUUGCCCCGAUUCUCAGUCGCAACUUUGUGGCCCCGUACGGAUUUAACAGCCGGUCUCUAUCGCCCAGCUACUCGGUGGUUCCCAGCAGCAAACGGGAGCUCGUAGGCUGCCCAGCUCGGAAAACGGACACAGAGCCCAAACCUAGGGUUAUACCUGUGCAGUUAAUCGAAACGUACAAACAUGGAGGAAUCCAUGCCGUUUCAGCCCUGUACCAACUCUGCCAGGCCCUGCAGUUCCAUCUGCAGCUCAAGGAAACUGUAACACCAGGAAACGUGCAGGGGCUUUAUUUCGCCUUCUGCGCUGUGAUUGACGGCAUGGAGUACCGGACCGGAGUGGGCCACACAAAGAAGGAGGCGCGCUCCCAGGCUGCCAGGUUAGCUCUGGGAGACCUGCUGCCUAUGCUGGAGCCCCCGUCGGAUUGCCCCCAGUCCCCUGCUGUGGAUGAGGCUGGGGCUAGUGACCCCGUUUUGUACGGCAAUGGACCCGCACUGGGUAACUUUCGAUCUGCUUGCUUUCCUCUUUCAGCACUUCCAGCGUCUCCUCCACCCCUUCCUGAGAUCGAGAUGAGCUUCUCUUUGCAGAACGUUCAACCACGGAUGAAGUUCUACGCGAGGAAUCCCGUCGACGAGCGGAUUCCGGAAGCCGUGAAGCAGCGCUUCGAGAAGCUCAUGGAAAAUUACCCACAGUUCUCCUGCGGAAGCAGCCUAGCGGCUUUCGUCGUUCAGUCAUGUUCAGGAUUUGAGGUGGUGGCCAUAGGAACAGGAGAUUUUAACACGCAAGAGACCGUCACCGCUGAUGGCCGCCUCCUCCAUGAUGCCCAUGCGGUCGUCGCGGCCCGGAGAUCUCUGUUGCGGUAUCUAUACAGACAGCUUUUAAUGUUUUUCUGUAAGAACGGCAUCCUGAGGGAGGAGUCGAUAUUUAAGCGUGACGAGACCACGAAGCUGGUAAACCUCAAAGACAACACCUCUGUUCAUCUUUACCUGAACCAACUGCCCAAAGGAGCUGCCCAGAUUCCCUCCCACCUGCGUCUGAAUCCCCACUCCAUCUCGGCAUGGGAGGUGAACAACCAAAUCGGCCUCCACGUGACGAUCGAGGGGAAGGUCUUCUCGGUCUUCUCCUCCACUAUGGAGGAGGCCUCCCCUCGGGUGGUCAGCAUGUCGGCCAGCGACAAGCUGACCCAGUGGCAGGUGCUUGGUGUCCAGGGUGCCCUGCUCAGUCACUUCAUAGAGCCCAUCUACAUCGACAGCAUCCUCAUAGGGGAUACCACCUGCAGCAGCGUGAGAGGAUUGGAAAUAGCGGUGAACCAGCGUGUGGACGGCAUCACCGGCAAGCUGCCCACGUACUACUGCGUGAACCGGGCCCGCGUGGGCCUGGCGCCGGCCAUCUCGCCAGAGGGCCUCGUGGGGUACCGUGCGCUCGGCAUCAACUGGGCACAGGGCGAUACGUCUCUGGAGGUCGUGGACGGGCUGGAAGGACGAACCACUGAAGACUCACCUUUCAAGAGUGGCCCCGCCCUGGCGAGUCGGCUCUGCAAAGCAGCCAUGCUGAGUCGCUUCAACCUGGUGGUGAAGGAGGCCCAGCGGGCGGAUCUGUGUGCGAGAGUCUCGUACAGGGAUGCUAAGAUGAUGUCAAAGUCUUACCAAGAGGCAAAAAACGUGUUGAAGUCCUACCUUUCUCAGAAGGGCUAUGGGUUCUGGGUGGUGAAGUCUCCCAUCAGCGACUCAUUUAAUAUUUGAGACUCGGUAGUAGGAUUCUGGAACUAAAAAGGUUGUAAAAUAUCUGCACAAGAAAGAGGACCACCACGCGAGCAAGACAGGAUCAUGCCAUUACGAAGAAUCUUUGAUUCCUCUCCGAUGACUUUGUUUUAUGGGCCUAGGGUCCAUGUUGUGUGUUUGCAUCUAAGAAUUAAAUUCACUUGUGACAGUUUGAAAAUUGGUUAGACAUUGUGGGUUAAUCUCCUUUAAGUAAAUCACAUUGUUAAGGCUUGGUUACAUUACUAGUCUUAAAACUUUUGGUAUUAGGCUGCGAUUAAGAAAGUGUUUUGCCUGGAUUUUUUUUUUUCUUUCUUCAAAUGUAAUAGUUUCAUUUUCAGAAUUAUCUAGACAAUAAAAGAUAAGAUCAUAGUGCGGUUUCUAGAUGCUUUCUAACAGGGAUUUGGGCAAUACCAUGAAAAGCUUUUUAGUUGGCAUAGAACCAAAGAGCUUCUACGAAUGGUGGCAAGUCAUCUGUUGGACUGUUGCCUUGAUUUAACAUGCGUUGCACGAUGCAAGCAAGUCCUGAAGUCUAGUUUGCUAUUUUCGCUCCUCCAAAAAUUGUUUAUCAUGAGUGUCUGUAUAAACUGGUCGUCUUGUGGCUUGGUUGCGUCUAAUGAAAGCACACAGGAAGCGUGUUGGUUUCCUGUGUAAGUUUACUCUGUUUAUGGUGCUUGCGUUUACUUCUGCGUACCUGCAGUGCUUUUCAGUAUCAGCCCUUAACUCAUCAUAGCAGAUGUUUGCUAAUUUCCAGUACGAGAGACGCGGAUCAAACAGAAAUGCCCUGAUAUAUGCACUGCAUGAUGUGUGGGUUUUGUGUUUUUGUUUAUUUUUGCAUCUGGAUAUAGACAUUUGUUCCUGAAUUUCCUUCUUUUUUUUGUGUCUGUCUUUUUUCAGAUUUCAUAGGUUUGUGCUUGUCGCGGCUCUUUCACCUCUUUCCUCCCAACACCCUAUUUUGCUGGAAGCUUCGCAGCCGGAUAUAGUUUUAA